AUGAACAAACCUACUAAAGAUGAGGCAUUUGACAUCUCAGACUCCACAGACUGGCUAAAAACCCCACUUCCUCUCCUCUCCUCCGUCGACUCAGCCUUGCGAUGUCAAGUCUGCAAGGAUUUCUAUACCACACCUAUGAUCACCUCUUGCGCGCACACCUUCUGUUCACUUUGCAUACGACGGUGUCUUAACAACGAUGGGCGGUGCCCGGCAUGCAGGGCACAGGAUCAAGAGCUAAAGUUGAGAUUUAAUGGCGCGAUGGAAAAUUUGGUGGAGGCGUUCAAGAGGGCAAGACCUGAGGUUUGGGAGUUUGCGAAUAAACCUGUGGAGGUAGUGAGAGCACCAUCGCCGAAGAGAAGCCGAGAGAUGGAGGAAGGCGAGGAUGAGAGUCCACGGAAGUUAAGAAGGACGAGAUCGAGUGGGAGGAAUAAGCCUAAAGAGAGAACAAUGGUUGUAGACUCGGCAGAGGAUGAUGAUGACUAUGUGCCUGAAGAUGGCUUCGUUCAAUGCCCUGUCUGCCAGAAGUUUGUGAAAGAGGACAAGAUCAACACUCAUCUGGACCGCAACUGUGAAGACGAAUCUCCAACCAAACCUCGGAGUAAAGCGACAAGUUUUGAUGCUCCAGACAAGCCAAUUCCAAGACCCGAAAGACUACCUCAGUUACAUUAUUCGAUGGUGAAAGACAACAUUCUCCGAAAGAAGCUAGCAGAUCUCGGCCUAUCGACUGGAGGACCGAGACAGCAACUAGAGAAGAGAUACACGGAGUGGGUGACGCUAUGGAACGCCAACUGUGACGCCACAAAACCGAAGGGUAAGGGUGAGCUAAAGAGAGAAUUGGAUAUAUGGGAGCGUACUCAAGGGAGUAGAGUAGGAAUUUCAAAACAAGAUUCCGGAGCUCAAAUACGAGAGAAGGACUUUGACGGGCAGGCUUGGUCUGCUAUGCAUGGAGAUACGUUUCGACAGCUUAUUGCAAAUGCUCGCAAAAAGGCCGCCGUCAAGCCGACUACGCCUACAGAAUCCGGGUCAGAUAUGGUGGAUCUGACUGGUAGCCCGUGUCCUAUGAAGCCGGCACCUACCGAAGCACUGGUCGAAGGUCCUGAAGAGCCAUUCGAAACCCCUGGAGACACAGACAUGACAAUUGACGCAGAUCCACCACCACAGCAAAGUAGGGUUGAAGAAUCUCCCACUAAACAGAGCUUGCAGCGGAAAUUCUUUGAGGAAAGCGCCGAGGAUUGCUCAGAACUACCACCAUCCUCACAAUAUUCGGGAAUUGCUUCAGAUAUGACGACAAUUAGACCCAUAUAA